UUAACAGAGACGACCGGCUGAUCUUCCUACAUGAUACGUGUUCUAAAAUAGAUGAUUAGUUUUUUCCUGGUUAUUUUCAUAUCUUGUAUGCACCAUGUUUCACAUUAUGUCCUUGCCCUCCACCUCAGACUCCUGUCUGUGGGUUGCAGUGCUGGAAGACAAAGUGGUGGGUCUCGUGGCAGCAGUGGGCCAGCAGAGGUCAAGUGGUGCUGUCGAGCUGCAGAGGAUGUCUGUUGACCGGAGGUUUCGGCGGUGUGGGGUCGGGGUUGCGCUGGGUCUGAAAGUUCUGGACUUUGCUGCUGCUCACGGUUACUCUACUGUUGUGCUGGGAACCACAGCGUACACACCAGCUGCCCACCACCUCUACCAGCGUCUGGGUUUCCGCUGUGUGGGGGUCACCAAUGGGUACGUCACACCUGGAGCGGGAUGGUCCUUAAUGGAAAAGAUUUUCUACAAAGUCCGCCAUCACUACUACAGCCUGGAUGUGCAAAAUUGCUAAAUGAAUCAACACUGACCUCAGUGACAGUACAGAGGAGAACAUUUUGAGAAUAUCCAGGGAAACAACAGCAUUGCUCGUCUCUUCAACUACUUGGUCUAUGUCUAUGUCCUUUUUUGAUCAACAAAUAAUGCCUGUCCUCUCUCAGGCACGACAAUAGAGUUGUGUGUUGUCAGCAAGACACACAAUGUGCAUUUUCAUGUUUUAAUCACAUGUUUAAUCAGAUAUCUGCAAAGUCAGAGGCUUUUGUUCUCACACUGUACAGAUCAAUCAACUGAACCCCUGGAUAGCUUUGUUCUUUGAGCGUACCAAUAAAUGUUUAUCAACCAAAAUGACCAUGUCCUCAAAACAUACAAAGAGGGCAGGGUUGUUUUAUGAAAUUCUAUCUAGAGAAGCAGAUGGUUGAAAGACAAUAUGUUCUGUCUUUAGUUAAGAUCAGUCAUUUGUAUCAAGAAAACCUAAUUCAUACAACUGCUUCCAUGGCGUUUUACUUCCCGCUCGGGUUUAAGGGCCAAAGUCUAUUCCGCUUCUUCACAAUAAAUUUGAUUUCAUUCUUAUCUACUCAUUUUCACCGAAAAGCUGUCAAGAUUUAAAGUGAUCUCUUUCCUUCCUGUCAUUCAGCUGCUCAUUACCACUACAGUUUAGCCACAUGUAAAUUUGUACUCUAGUAGUAUUAAAGAAGCUCACUUCAACUUAUGCCGUUUUUUUGUUUUGGGUGUCUAAUUCAGAGCUAAAAGUGUCUCUCAGUGUGAAAACUUUUAUUUUGUUGUAUAGAUUUGACGAUUUGGGGGAAUUGCCAUCUGUGUUGACAGAUGUGCAAUGUAUAUAUAAAAUAA